GCGUGGCUUUCUCUGACAGGAGGAAGAAGGCUUGUGGCUGGCAGAGGGGACCCAAGCUUCAAAAGCCGGCUGGUUCUGUAUUUCGCUACCUCCGUUAAACCCCGGGAUCCAUGGCUGCUAAAGGGAUGAAUCUCUGCAACGUGUGUUGUCUGCUUCUUUACGCAGUCACGGCGGUGCUGGCUGGGCGAGAUUUCUAUAAGAUCUUGGGGGUGAGUAAGAGUGCCUCCAUCAGGGACAUUAAGAAGGCCUACAGAAAGCUGGCUCUGCAGUUACACCCCGACAGAAACCAGGACGACCCGAAAGCUCAAGACAAAUUUGCAGACUUGGGGGCAGCUUAUGAGGUCCUCUCUGAUGAAGAGAAAAGGAAGCAGUACGAUGCAUAUGGAGAAGAUGGACUCAAAGAAGGUCACCACAGCUCUCACAAUGACAUCUUCUCCAGCUUCUUUGGCGACUUUGGGUUCAUGUUUGGAGGAAACCGGCAGCAGCAGGACAGAAACAUCCCACGAGGGAACGACAUAAUACUAGAUCUGGAGGUCACACUCGAAGAGGUGUACUCUGGGAACUUUGUGGAGGUUGUUAGGAACAAGCCUGUAGCCAAAGAAGCUCCUGGUAAGAGGAAGUGUAACUGUAGACAGGAGAUGAGGACAACACAGCUUGGACCAGGACGCUUCCAGAUGACUCAGGAGAUGGUGUGCGACGAAUGCCCCAAUGUCAAACUAGUAAAUGAAGAGAGGACCUUGGAGGUAGAGAUAGAACAGGGAGUGAGAGACGAGAUGGAGUAUCCCUUCAUUGGAGAGGGGGAACCUCACAUCGACGGCGAACCUGGAGAUCUACGAUUCCGCAUCAAAGUGUUGAAACAUCCUGUCUUUGAACGCAGAGGCGACGACCUGUACACAAACGUCACCAUCUCUCUGGUUGAGGCUCUGGUUGGCUUUGAGAUGGACAUUGAACAUUUGGAUGGACACAAGGUCCAUAUUGUGAGAGAUAAGAUCACUAAGCCCGGCGCUCGAAUGUGGAAGAAAGGAGAAGGUCUGCCAAACUUUGAUAACAUCAAUAUCCGAGGGUCCCUCAUCAUCACCUUUGAUGUGGAGUUUCCCCAGACACAGCUGGACGACCAACAGAAAGAUGGUAUUCGGGGUCUCCUGAAGCAGAGCUCCGUACAGAAGGUUUACAACGGACUACAGGGAUAUUAACUCACCGAAGCAACACAGCCUGGACUGACUUAUAAGCCACACAAAUACAAAACACGUUCAAUCAAUGGGAGCUCGCUCCGUGAUCCUGGCCAGCGUGUAUUUAUUAUUUUCAGAUCGUUCUCAGGAUGGCUUGAAUCCAACUAGUUUUUACUAUUACGGUUCCAUAUCUUGUCAACUGUUUUAUUUCAAGCAUAUAAACUAAUGUCGAACUCUGGUUUCCUGGUUUCUGUCCAAUCAUUAUGUCAUACAGUUAGGUUUAAAUAUUUAAGUUCACCAUCACUACAUACUGAUGUGUCUACCACUGACUGUCCUGUUCUGGAGAAGACACUCUCCACUGACUACAUCAGCUGAACAACAAGAAUCUACUGUUGAACAAUGAUACAAUGAUAAAUCAUUUGUUUUUCCUUUUUAGAUUUUUUUUUUUCUCUAAUGUUAAGCAUUUGAGCUCUGUACCUGUGUUUGCUCUGGUCAGAUUCCUCUUCAACAAUACUUUGUAAAUAGGGAAGAACAAAGCUAAUUGUUUGCAUUUUAGUUUUCCUAAUUUAUGUCUUAUUUGCAUUUGACACAACCUCCAUUCUCACUGUGAUGAGAGUUGACCUCUUAAAUUGAACAGUGAAGGUUUUUUGUUUGGAUUCUACACAGCGUGCACGUCCUCCAGUGCCACUAUACAAUUAUCUCUCAGACACUUUUGACUAAUAAGGGAUUUCACACCAUCAUUUAUAGGCGUCCCUGCUUGUUUCUGGUUUAUAAUGCUGCCUCCCGGUUUUACAAUGUGUUGUGGCCUUGUAUGUGAAUUUGGCCAUUUUAUUUCUUCUAGGGGAUUGUGUACUUUUGACUGAUGAAUAAAGAUUUCUACAAAUUGUGA